AUGCAGAAAUUGCUACUUAUUUCCGGCCUUUGCUGCCUCAUCGGGGCCGGUCUGGCCACGUACAUACGGGCUGCCCCGCAGGUGCAGCGAAACUUUGUGCCACGGAACUCGACCGGCGACCGUGGGCGUUGCCAGGGACAGGCGGAUGGUGUACUGUUUCCCUCGGUGAACUGUUCCAGCUUCAUUAGCUGCACCGGUGGCCAGGAGGUUGAGAUCGCGUGCGCACCGGACGGCACGCUGUACGACUACGAGCGCGAAGUGUGCGAUCACCCGGAGUUCGUGACCUGCUGGACGGAGGAGAACCGCUGCACGGGGAUGGCCAAUGGAACCCUCAUCCCGGCCACGAACUGUUCCAACUUUAUCAUCUGCAUGAACGAGCUGGAGAACGAGGAAGUGACGUGUGCUCCGGCCGGCACGCUGUUCGAUUAUCAGCGUGAGGUUUGCGAUCAUCCCGAGAAUGUGCAGUGCUACGAGGGUGGAGCGUGUGCUGGGCGUCCCGAUGGUUCCCUGGCCCCGUCUCGCAACUGCAGCAACUUCUUCCGCUGUGAGAACGAAGACAUUGCCGAGGAGAUCACCUGCCAGCCGCACGGUACGCUGUUCGAUGCGGAGCGUGAAGUUUGCGAUCAUCCGGAGAAUGUCGUGUGCCUUGAGACAAGCCCACCGAGCAACAGUACCGAUGGACCACCGACGACGACCGUUGAGCCGACGCGCCCACCACUCGAUCCGAGCGUACCGACGGAUCUGUGCCGCGGAGUGACGAUCGGUAUGCUGGAGCACCCCACUGACUGUACCCGGUACGUGAUCUGUGUGCUGGGCCAGCCGAACGUGCAGCAGUGUCCCGACAACUUUAUCUUCAUCGCCGAGCUGGCCGUCUGCGGAUUCGGUGAUCCCGUGACCUGCGAACCCAGCACGACGUGGAUCGAUGUUUACCAGCGUGUGACCUCAUACGUACGCUAA